ACGGCCCCACCCCACCACCCACUCAGGGAGUUUGCAGGGACUUCUGAGGGCUUCAUGUUGCUUCUAUAUUUGGAGGACUUUUUGGUCUUAUUUGUUUCCUGGAUCCCUUGUUCUGUGGCCCAAGAGAUAGAGCAUAUGUCACCCUGUCUUGAGAUUCUUCUGAACAGAACUGGAAAGGAAAUGAGCAAAGAUCCUAAUUAGGGGCGAUAACCCCACAGGGAACUCGGGUUCUUUGCAGCAGACUGUGCUCUUCCCACAGCCUGUGUGUUUGUCAGAUGUUUAUAGAGUCUUCAUUAACCUAACACUCCCUUAGAUAAGAGGUUGGAGAGGCACUGAGGACCAGAUAAGAACAAGUGGAGGACACUCCGGGACGGCGGGUGAGAGCCUGGGAACUGGCCAGGGGGCUUGGUGCAGAGUGUUCAGCAGGACAAUGCUGGCCUGUGCCUCCCAGGCUCCUCCCCACACCCACUAACACAAGGUGGCCACCAGUAGUCUCCUGUCCAGGGGCACUGUGCUGUCCCAAGAUGUGCCACAGGGUACUGUUGGUGGCCCUGCCUGUGCUCUACUUGCUGGCCUGCUCUGGGCAGGGGAAGCCUCUGGAGAGCCGGGUCCGGGCAUCAGACAGGGGAGAUACACACCAGCUGCUAGGGAUGGCCGGAGGUGAGCAGGAGGGAGGCACCUUCGACCUGAGGAUGUUCCUGGAGAACAUGAAGGUGGAUUUCCUGCGCAGCCUCAACCUGAGCGGCGUCCCCUCCCAGGACAAAACCCGAGCAGAGCCGCCGCAGUACAUGAUCGACCUGUACAACAGAUACACCACCGACAAGUCGUCCACCCCUGCAUCCAACAUCGUGCGCAGCUUCAGCGUGGAAGAUGCCGUCUCCAUGUCUGCCACAGAAGACUUCCCCUUCCAGAAACACAUCUUGCUUUUCAACAUCUCCAUUCCUAGGCAUGAGCAGAUCACCAGGGCAGAGCUUCGACUCUAUAUCUCCUGCCAAAGCCACGAGGACCCCUCUCAUGAGCUGCAAGGAAACAUGGUCAUUUAUGAUGUUCUGGAUGGAGCAGACAUGUGGGAUGCUUCUGCAGGAGCCAAGACCUUCCUGGUGUCCCAAGACAUCCGGGACGAGGGCUGGGAGACCUUUGAGGUCUCCAGUGCUGUAAAAAGGUGGGUCAGGGCAGACUCCACCAAGAGCAAAAACAAACUGGAAGUGACCGUGGAGAGUCACAGAAAAGGGUGUGACAAGCUGGAUAUCAGUGUCCCCCCAGGCUCCAAAAACCUGCCCUUCUUCGUUGUCUUCUCCAAUGACCGUAGCAAUGGGACCAAGGAGACCCGGCUGGAGCUCAGGGAGAUGAUCGGCCACGAGCAGGAGAGUGUGCUCAAGAAGUUGCCCAGCAGUGGCCCAGCGGGGGCUGGUGAGAACAAGGGCGAAGGGUACACGGAAGGCCACGUGGCCGUGGGGUCACCCUUAGCCAGGCGGAAGAGGAGCGCCGGGGCCAGCAACCACUGUCAGAAGACCUCCCUGCGAGUGAACUUCGAGGACAUCGGCUGGGACAGCUGGAUCAUUGCGCCCAAGGAGUACGAUGCCUAUGAGUGCAAAGGGGGCUGCUUCUUCCCACUGGCUGACGACGUGACGCCCACGAAACACGCCAUCGUUCAGACUCUGGUGCAUCUCAAGUUCCCCAUGAAGGUGGGCAAGGCCUGCUGUGUGCCCACCAAACUGAGCCCCAUCUCAAUCCUCUACAAGGACGACAUGGGGGUCCCCACCCUCAAGUACCACUACGAAGGGAUGAGCGUGGCAGAGUGUGGGUGCAGGUAGUGCCACCCGGGGCUGG